ACUGCGAAUAUCACACCUUUGUGUUUCUUUCGAUGGUAUUUCACUGCUCAGUGUAUAAGGAUUUCGAUCGAUGUGCUCAACAGAUGUCAGUGCUUGUUUGUGCUUCGUCUGUGUUCAGGGCAGUAACAUCUUUGGAUUUCGAAUUGGGACCUACAUAUACACGGCUCCAUUGCUGAGUCAAUUUGACUAUGGAUUUGAUUUUUCUCGUCGUCGGCUGAUUCAUGCGUGACGUAUUCCCGAUAUGGAGCAGAGAAUGUGUCGUCAAUCUUACCACAGCAAACAUGAAAAGUACGAUGACUUUAAAUGGAGGCAGCAUCACAGGCCAGUUGGAUCGAAAGAAAGGUCUGGUCUUACCAGGACAUUAUGCGGUCUCUAUUGCAUGAUCAUGAGCGUAUUCGGCACUGUGUUCCCUAUCAGUGAUGCAUUGUCCAAGACUGAAGGAGUCCACACAUAUUACACUGAAAUUUUCCACACUUUCCUGUACAGCGUCUCUGUCGGCAUGCUGGCCUAUUUACUAUUCUACCUCCUGCGCCAGAGAAUUGACCCAAACGGCGAUAUGCAAAUGAGCAAUACGUCACCACCUCGUACACCAGAAUUCGUUCCGAGCGAUACAAAACAACGUGAAAGUGUUCCAAAUGUGUCGAAUCUAGAUCAAUCAGUGGACCAACUAACCAAAAUAACGGACUCGCACGACUCCGAAAUUUGGAAACAAGAGUCACAUGAACAAAUUACUGAUGUAGCCACUCUUCCGUCAAAAGGACCGGUUUGCUAUAAUCAUGACGAGUCCUGCAGUGAGCCACUUCCACCAUCUCUGAUUGGUGUGACCUUCGAUUCAGAGGGACUUAAUUUCUAUCUGCGUUUAGGAGCCGUUGGUUUUGGUUUAGGGAGUAUGGUCCACAGCGGAUUCAAGAUAUCUGAACCUUUUGAGAAUCCAGCAGCAAUGCGCUGCCGAAGUAUACCAUUCUUCGUCAAUGCCCUCCUGUACCUGAUACUUGUCUUCAUGCAGACGUUCUUCAUCUUCAAAUACCACAAGGUGAUCAUCAACAAGCAUAAGCCUUUUGUCCGAAUGGGUCUUGUCCAUUUGAUCGCUACUAAUCUGGCUGUGUGGUUAUCAACAACAGUUAAUGAGACAGUUGAAGACAUUGGCAGAGUGUAUGCAGAAGAAAGGGCUGAAUUGAAUAAUCAAACACAACAGGGGGCGGAAGUGCACGUAUCCAACACCACGUCGUUUCUACAGUUCGACACAAUCAUUGGAGCACACAAUCAGGACACUAGCUGCCACGAUAUUCACACCCUUUCUGACAAUUCAUCAGGGUAUUUGUUCCCGUGCCUGAUUGAAUACAGUCUCAUUGCAGCCGCAGUUUCGUACAAAACCUUCCAAAAUGUCGGCCGAAACGUGAUCCUGAAUGCGGAACGAGAAGAGCGAGACGUAGAAAUGCCGGAACAGAUUGAGUGUCACAAAUCCAAUUUAGGCCUAUUUGCCGGGCUGACCAUGAUUUUGCUGACCUUGAUCAGCAUUGCAUUGUUCUUCGUCUUCCAAGAUUACAAGCAUUUAAAACAGGUGUCCGCCGUCAUAUUCCUCGUCUCAGAAAUCUUCUUGUUUUUACUUGGGAUCUUCGUGUCAAUCAGCGGCCUCAUCAGGACGAAAAGACUUCACUAUGUCGGUCAAACUGAAGGAAGUUUUGAUGACAAGCUUCUCCUGGUGGCUCUAUUUGGAAACUACGCACUAAACACGUGCAUCGGGCUGUCGUCUGCAAGUCAUCUCAUGUCCGGUAAACAUCUCGGACCGGAAGAACAUAGUCACAUGAUUUCUGCGUUGUUCCUCGUAAUGGCGUCGCUGAAUUUCAUCGAAUCGACGACGCAGUCGAUGUUUAUACUUGAUGGACUGCGGCGGUGCGCAAAACGUGAAGAAGACAUUGAAAGGAAGCCUGGGCGAUCGAUAAUUACAUUUCUUCUCGUUUGCAACCUUGCGAUGUGGAUGAUCAACACCUUUGAGAUGAAGAAAUCGAAAGGUGCUGCCGUCCACGUCAAUUUCUAUAACUACUUACCUUGGAGUAUCAUUAUGCACUUGUGUCUUCCUCUAGUUAUUUUGUUUCGGUUUCAUUCGAGUGUGUGUCUGUCCGAUAUUUGGCAGAAAGCCUACGUCAUGGUAAAACAACAUUGAAGAAACUCCAUGGCAAACAGUACAAUGAAAGCUCCCUUGUAGUGGACACCUCUGUUAUGCAGGACAACCUCUCUAUCAAAAGACACGGAUAUUUGUCCAGAAUAGGGCAUUGUCAUUCAGGCAGACCUCUCGUCACCGCCAAUUGCGCCAAACGUAAACUUUACGUCCGCUCAACGUAAACUGUGUUACACUCCAUGAUUAAAGACAGUACAAGAUGGUUCCAAGAGCCCUUUAAAUGGAUACGUGAACUAUAUCGCAGUACAAUUAUGGAAACGCUUAAAAUUGAACGGCUCGGUUAACACAAGGCAGGAAUAGGCUUACUUUGAUAAAUGUUAGCAGUUUCGAGUUCCUCUCAGGGAGUUGAUCAUGAGAGCUUGCGUCAGGUUAUUACAUGUAUUGCAUAAUGUAAUGGACUCCAGUCAAUGAACUACGCAAGAGGCAAUCUCUAUUUUUUCUGUUAUUUAUCCUACCAUUCACGUACAUACCUCACUCUAAAUAAUUAAAUGAAUAACAAAUCAAA